AUGCAGCCGAUGCAGCCGCAUGGAAACAAUAGAUGGGAUGGUCGCGAUGACGUUUCGUUUGAGGAUUCGGAACGAUUUGAAGAAGACUCGCAAGUCUCUUUAGAUGAUUCAAUCGAUGAAAAUCAACAUAAUUGGAGAGGAUGGGCGGAUUGCUCCUCAACUUGUGAAGCAAUUCAACCAGGCCUCUCGUGCGUCGUCUAUCAAUAUCAUAAUACAUCAGGACGAUACUCAUCUGCAUCUACAAGAACGGUCGUUGCGGGAGAUCCGAAUAAUCCAUUGGCUCAUCAUCCGAUGAUGUCACGGGGAGACAAUCCGACUGGAAUUCUACUAACACUUUCUGAAAUUUCGGCGAAAGUUUGUGCGGAGAAAUGGUCAUUUCAACAAUUGGAAGAAAUGUAUAUGCAUAUUUGUGUGACACGAGCAGAGAAAAUGAAUCCACCUUCACCAAUGGGACCGAUUCCUGAGAAAAUAUUUGUGUCUUUCAUUGUUCACUGCUUUCCGCAAUCAACUGACGAAAUUCGUAUGUACAGUACUCUCGCUAACGGAUCCGCAGAUCAGUAUGAGUUCGGAAAAAUGUUGUAUCAGUGGGGAAACGUCCGUGAUGUGUCACAAACUGGAUUCCUUUUGAGUGGAAACAUCAGCAACACACCUCCUGAUGCCGGAAAUAGUGACAAUCGAGAUUCCUUUCAUGUGACGGUGAAAGUCGACAGAUGUCGAAUUGUCGAGUGUACCUGUGAAUGCUCGAAUCGGUCGAGUUGGUGUAAACAUGUGGUUGCACUUUGUAUUUAUCGGAUAUCAGAGAGAAGUCAGAUCAAAUUCAAAGAAACAAUAGCAGAUGCAAUCAAUUCGAUGAAUGAUACAGAUUUACGGAAGUUAGUUCAAUGGCAUAUAAACGACAUUCCACGAAAAUGCAUACCUGGAUUUCAAAAGCUCAUUGAUCAAAUUAAAGAUCCAAAUUCGACAAUAAAUCGACUGCUUGGAGCUCCUGAUCCUACAGAUGGUGGUCAUGAACCGAUUUCUCGAUAUGAUUUUCCUGAAAUAGAGAACAAAGUGCGGCGACUUCUGAUUAAAUAUUGUGUGCCAGCACCGGCAGUUCAUUGCGAUGUUCAAUAUCUUUCAUCAGUUCAACAUCCAACUCAUACCGAAUGGACUACAAUGAUUAAGCCACUUCGAUGCAGAGAGCCAGAAGGAAUGUGGAAUUUAUUGCAAAUGGUUCGAGAAAUGUUCGCCAGAAGCGAUGAUAAUGCAGUGGCACUUUUGAGAACAAUCACUGAUGAGUGUUUAUCGAACAGUCAAGUCCUUUUGUGGUGGUACAUUUCAAAAUUGGUACAAUCUGGAAAUUGGACUCAAGCGAAUUGUUUCAAAGCUCCAGAUUCUCAAUAUCUUGCGCAACUUCAUUGUUCUCAAUUAUGCGACGAAGUAGUUUUGCUCUGGAAAUUAGUUGCAAUCAAUCCAAGAGCUGGAAAGAAUUAUCGAUCACAAUUGGCUGGAUACCUUCAAGCAUAUCAUAGAACUGCUGUAACUCGAUUGAAAAAUAUGAUCACUUCAGCUCCUCCAGAGAAAAAUGAUAGCAUGCCAUCUACAGAUGCAACUGUUCUAAGUAACUACAAAAUUGCUGAAAUACUCCAAACGAUCACUAACGUUGAUAUCAGAUAUCAGCUUUCGGCAGUUAAUAUGAAAUUCACUUUGAACUGUUUCCCGGGAUUUUAUCCAGCAAUUCAAAUGUGUCACUAUCUGAAUGAGCAGAAUAUACGAUUCGGAGUUCGAGAGAAUGCAAUUUUCUAUGUUUCCGAACCAAAUUUGACGGUGAGCUAUAAGAUGGUUCCUCCACACCGAGAAAAGUCGCUGAAAAAGAAGAAACGAAAGAAGAAGUUGCUAAAGAAGCGAAUGGAGGAAGAAGGACAAGCUUGGCCGAUUCGGAAACAGGAAGAAUACAGAGGAGUUGAUGGAGUUUGGAGAGUUGUGGAAGAAGAUCAUGAUAUGAAUCAAUCAUUGAAUGACAGUACAGAAUCAGGCCAGGAAAGUGAUGUACAGAAGGGUCCACAACGACCAGAAGUACCGAAGAAAAAGAAAAUCGACUCUGCGGAAAUGGAUGUCAAUGAAGUUCUUGCUGCUUCUUUCUCUCCAUUAGAUGCUCUAGAAGCCAGGUUUCUACGUGUAGAGGCAUAUGGAACACAUGGAUAUCGAGCAGAUGCGGUAGAAAAUGCACUGAAAAAUAGCGAGUAUUUGGUGGACAGCUUGGCGGAACAAUGUCAAGAAUUUUUGAAAACUAACGAAGAAAGACCGAGCACUUCGCAGCAAUCAGCAUCUACUUCUUCCUCGUCCUCCAACGUUUCUGAUGAAAUAACAGGAAGUGAUAGAGACGAAGAGGUGGCAAAGGCGAAUCGAUUCUUAUCGACCAUGGAGAAGAUACUGUACUUAACGAAAGUGCUGAAAGACAGUCCACAUCUUCAACAUACAGUAUUCGAUAUAUCCAUGCGAACUCUCAGUCUGCCGAAGUAUCCAUUCUACACGAAGCAUCAUCAGAUUCUCUUCACCUAUCUGGAAACUGAAUUCGUUGCUAUUCUUGAUCAAAUAUGGCAAACAGUUCAAAUGACUGCUUCUCAAAUGGAAAAAGUCCGAGCAAGAGCUAUUGAAAUCAUUGAAACAGAUUCUGGAAAUAACGGUGAACUCCCUCCGAUCGCUAUGACGAAGUUCCUCUUUCUGGCUCUUUACUGGACCGAGCCUCCAAACAACCAUCAUCGUCCUCCUCCACAAAAUGCAACAACGACAGCUUCGCCCGCUCUUCAGCAUAAUCGACGUCUUCUGAUUCCAUCUGAUUCAGAUUUGGCUCUCCAUGUCUCACUGCAUAUCGUUGGUUGUCGUCCGAUAAUUUCUGAGAGAUACGUUUUGCAUUGGGAAACCAUUCGUCGGGAGAAAAGUGAAUUGACAUCAAUGCUACUAGUUCGAUACAAGGAUUCUCAAGAAAGGUGUGCACUGGUUAUUGAUCAGAUUCUCGAUCCAAAGCUUCAUCGGAUGUAUCAACACCAUCUCUCGAACGCUGCUUUCUUUUUAGAGAGAUGUCCAGUAUACACGAAGAGAUUCAAACCUGGACAAAGACCAGUAUUCCCGUAUAAAGAUAUACCAGAAGAACAAGUUGAAGAGGGAGAACCAGAGAACACAUUGACUGAUUACCAGGCACAAAUUGAAGCCGAAUUGAUUCGUUUGAGGAUUUCUGACUUUCCUGCUGCGGCACCAAUAAACAGAAAUAGGACAACAGAUAAUCCACCAAGAGGUUCAGCAUCAAGCGAGAACUCGGGGUACAAAGCAUCAGAUCCUUCAACAAGUCGAUCUACUGACUCUGUUGAAUCUGAUUCAAAUGUUCCUGGUCCGAGUGCGAAGAAGACUGUCGGUCCAAACUAUUCGAGAAAUCAGAAAAACCAGUUUCAUGCUGCUCGAAGAAAUAAGAAACGGAACGCUCGAUCCUUUUCUAACGAUCCUGGAACUACUGUAACUGAUGCUGCAGUAUAUCAUAUGCAAGAGUUAUCGAAGAAAAUUCUCUUUGAAGCCGGUGGUACACAGAAUAAUGCUGUCUGGGGUGGUCAGAAUCUGGGUGGAACGAAUCGACGCCUCCAUCUUUGUGCAAUGGCUAUUUCGAUCUACGCAUUAGGAAUGAGUAAUCGAAUAUCACCCAACUGGAAUACCAGAACAUACAGUAAUAUAGCGAGUUGGAUAACUGCACAAGUGGAAGAUAUAGGAUCAAGUUCACUGGAGUUGAUGCGUGAAAUUUGGAUGGCUCAUUUCACACCGAAUGAAGUGGCUCAAAUGUCAGAUCGAAUCGCUCCAGCAUCUGAUCCAGCGAUGAGACAUGAAGCUGGGCGUAUGGCAUUAUCAGUUCUUCCAUUCGCUCAUGCACUCACUGAUGAUGAAGUAAUUCAUGCAUUGAGAAGAUGUCAGCAAGGUGGUCGGGAUAUGUCAACAGCUGCGUUGUUAGCCAUGGAUACUACGCAAUUCCGUGAAGUCGGACGAUCUCGUCCUCUUUUCGAAGCGAUGAAUCACUGGCAAGAAUUGAGUUAUCCAGAAGACAGACAGCAAAAUCCAAUGAGGCAGCAGGCUCCACCUGCUGGAUUGGUUGCUAAUCCGUAUGUUAAUGCCGGUGUCGCUCAACAAGUGAACGUUCCAAAUCAGCCAGCAAACCGGCGACAGCACCCUCCACGAGGCCACAUUCUGCCAACACUACAACAGGUUGCAUUGUUGUACCCCCAAGUACAUGAGAACAUUGAACGAUCGAGAUUCCAUCACAGUCGAUCAGCACCACAACUUGGCGGGCAAGAAGAGAACGCGGAUAUACCGAGGGUGGUACCAAAUCAGCAAUACAUGGUACCACCGCCAGUACCUGGAAAUGCUCUUCUGAAUGCUUGGCAUUAUGGAAUGAGAGCAAUGGAUUGUUUGGCAACAUCACCAGGAGAAGAUAGACAAAUGUAUCUGAAAUUUACAAGUACACCGCCAUAUGCUGACGAUAUUCAAAACUUGCAUUUUAUAUCUGUGCAACUUGGUACAGAAUAUAUCCGAACUUUUUAUCAGCACGCAGCUCGAACCAUCCUCUCUCCAUAUGUUCUUCAUAAUUAUGCUAAAGAGAGUGUUCGUCACUUCCCUCACCUGUCAGUGGUCGCACAGAAUCCUCGACCGGCUGAUGCCGCUCCAGUACCACUGAUUCCAACGAAUUUCCCUCCGCCUCCUAAUCGAAAUCUCAGCAGCAUUCGUUAUCCGAAUGUCAAAUACUGCACGGCUGGGCAUAUCACAACGCAUAUGAUAUCAUGUGGAUAUCAUGAAAUCACUGGAGAAUUAUUCGAACGAUGCUGUGAUCAGUAUUUGCAAGCUACAGUCAAUAAAAUGAACAGUCCGCGUAUUGUUGAUAAUUCAGAUGGACAAUUAUGCGACUUUGUGCGUGGAGCCUACGAUGCAUUCCAAUGCAUUCCACAUAUUGGUCGACAACUUUUCGAGGAUUUUGUUCGCGCAUUCAAGCGACAGAAGGCAUACAAACGAGAAUCUGCUGUUGCUUUGAAUCCACUCUUGCAACAACUAUGCGCACAGUAA